AUGGCGAGCUCCCCCAGCAAGUCCCUAUGUGCUACAUUCGACGACGACGCACAAAUGAAGAUCACAGUAAACCUGGGCGGAUACACCACACAGGUCCUGAUAGACUCAGGAGCCCAAGGAAACUUUAUCGCACCCCGAAUAGUGCAACAGCGAGAAAUACCAUGGAAUCAGAAGCAAAACCCUUACCGACUAAGGAAUGUGGAAGGGAAAGAAGUCGAGUAUGGCGGAGGCAGCAUUGAUCAGGAGACAGCGCAACUCCCUUUGCUCUACCAUGGCCAUCAGGAGCUUAUCAGCCUCGACAUCACGGAGAUAGGAAACCACGACGUUAUCCUCGGAAUUCCAUGGCUACGAAGACAUAACCCACAAAUCGAUUGGGUUACCGGCCGAAUAAAAUUCAAUCCAGCCUCUGAGAAGCACUCGACGAAGGCCUCAUGCGGAUUACUAGCAGCAACCAGAGCAAGACCACGCCUGAUGCUAAGGAUAAAAGACAUUGGCACUAGGACGCUAGCAGCCACGACGAUUGACAAAGUCACGGAAGAUCCAAUGUCAAAGAUACCUGUUGAAUACAGGGUCUACAGCAAACUCUUUGCACCAGAACUCGAGACCGGAUUACCGGAACACAGCAAGUGGGAUCACAAGAUCGAAAUUAAGGAAGGACACGAACCCACCUUUAACAAAAUAUACCCACUCAACCAAGAAGAAAUGAAAGCCUUAGACGAAUGGCUUGACGAAAAUCUUGCGAAAGGAUUCAUCAGACCUUCGAAAUCACCCGCAGGAUACCCCGUACUAUUCGUACCAAAGAAGAACGGGAAGAAACGACUUUGUGUCGAUUAUCGACGACUCAACGAUAUUACGAUCAAAGACUGUUACCCACUGCCCCUCAUAUCGGAACUAAGAGACCUACUCUACGAGGCCCAAUGGUUCACAGCCUUGGACCUUAAAGGAGCCUACAACCUUAUCCGAAUUGCAGAAGGAGAUGAGUGGAAAACAGCCUUCCGAACGAGAAGAGGACAGUUUGAAACGUUAGUCAUGCCAUUUGGACUCACCAACGCACCGGCUACAUUCCAAACUAUGAUCAACCAAGUACUACGGGAAUAUCUGGACAAGUCUGUUGUUGUGUACCUCGACGACAUCCUUAUAUUCUCCAAAACGUUGGAAGAACACAAGAAGCAUGUCCACGAGAUUCUCAAAGCACUCGAACAAGCGAAGCUACUUGUGGAACCAGAGAAGAGUCUGUUUCACAAACAGGAAGUAGAAUUUUUAGGGUUCACAAUCACGCCAGGCGUAAUCAAGAUGUCCCCUAACAAAAUCAAGGCUGUGCAAGAAUGGCCUACACCAGAAAACCCGAAGGACAUACUAUCCUUCUUAGGAUUUGUCAACUUCUACCGAAAAUUCCUCAAAGACUACUCCAAAACGAUAUUGCCUCUUACCGAACUCACUAAGAAAAAUGCACCUUGGGAAUGGACAGACAAACAACAGAAAGCGUUCCAAGAAGUCAAGGACAAGGUCACAUCGGAACCCGUCAUCCAGAUUCCGAACCCUGAGAAGCCCUUCGAGCUCGAAACGGAUGCUUCGAACGAAGCUGAAGGAGCGCAGCUAGGCCAAAGGGACGAGAACGGAGUCCUACACCCCUGUGGAUUCUUUUCAAGGAAGUUCCAAGGACCUGAACUGAAUUACCAGAUCCAUGAUAAGGAACUUAUGGCAAUUAUCGACGCAUUCAAAGAAUGGAGACCCCAACUAUCAGGAACAAAGUACGAAGUAAAAGUGUACACGGAUCACAAGAAUCUGGCACACUUCACCACUUCGAAAGAGCUCAACAAACGACAAAUCAGAUGGUCAGAAUUCCUCUCAGAAUUCAACUUCAGAAUCAUCUACAGGAAAGGAUCAGAAAACGGCAGAGCAGACGCGCUCAGCCGAAGACCCGAUUACAAGGACGAAGUCCCAGAAGAAACUCAGGUUAUCCUCAAAAAAGACAAUGGCGACCUCGUACCCGCCGCGAAACUCUUAAUGAUCGGCGACCGUGUCAAGACCAGCACGACUGGAAGAAUGACACACGACCAGAUCAGGGAGAUACACAGCGCACCCGCUCACGGUCACCAAGGAGAUUGCGAAGUCUGCGCAAAAAGUAAGCCUAGCAGACAUAAACCAUAUGGAGAAUUACAACCAUUGCUAGCACCACCAGCACCCUGGCACUCAAUCUCUCUAGACUUUAUCGUCAAACUACCAAAAUCGAGAGAACCACUCACUAAAGUACAGUACGACAGUAUACUAGUAGUUGUGGAUAGAUUCACGAAGUACGCGUAUUUCAUACCAUACUUGGAAUCAAGCACGGCAGAAGACUUAGCAUACACCUUUCUCAGGAUCAUUGUCAGCCAACACGGCCUGCCCCAGGAAAUAGUAUCAGACAGAGGAUCAGUCUUUACGUCCAAGUUCUGGAGAUCCCUGAUCUCGCAGCUCGGAGCAAAGCACAGCCUCAGCACUGCCUUCCACCCGCAGUCCGACGGACAAACGGAAAGAAUCAACCAGAUCCUGGAAACGUACCUAAGGAGUUAUGUGAACUACGACCAGGACAACUGGGUCAAGUUGUUACCAACCGCACAGUUCGCAUACAACAGUUCAAUAGGAGAAAGCACGCGAGAAUCACCUUUCUUCCUCAACUAUGGAUUCAACCCUACCGCUUAUGGAGAACCCCGAACCGGCUCUGCCGCGAUAAAAGCAGUAGCAGACAUCAAGAAACUUAAGGAAAUCCAACAAAAACUACCCCAAGAACUCGAAUUCGUACGGCAAAGAAUGAAGAAACACGCCGACCGACAUAGGGUGAGAGGCCCACCCCUAAAAGAGGGAGGUAGCGCCUACCUCAUACGGCGAAACAUCAAAACGAAACGACCUAGCGACAAACUCGACUUCAAAAAACUAGGACCUUUCGAAAUCACGAAGAAAAUUUCCGAAGUCAACUACGAGUUGAAACUACCGGAAACAAUGAAAUGUCACCUAGUCUUUCACGUCUCAUUAUUAGAACCAGCACCGGACGGUAUACACACCGAAGACUGCAUCAUUGUGGAAACAGAUGAUACCGAAUACGAAGUAGAACGCAUUCUAGACUACCGGAGGAAUGACGAAACAACAGAAUACUUCAUUAAGUGGAAAAACUAUGGACACGAAGACGAUUCGUGGGAACCAGCUAAGAACCUGGAACACGCUCAGGAAGAACUCCAACAAUACUGGCACUAG